GGGGAGGGAAGAGAAAGGGAGGGGAAAAGUAAAAGCCGAAGGAUUCUGAAAACACAAAGAGCAGCAGGAUUGGAAAUUUCCCCGAGCUGUGAUCGAACCCUGUGAAGACCCUAAAAGAUGGGCAGCUCUCCAGUCUCUGUGCUGCUAUGCUGUUGUUUCUUUAUACUUGUUACGGUCCAGGCACAACAGAUUGAAAUAGAUGACAUUGACGCCACUGUUUUGCCUCCGCCAGACUGCAGAGAGGAAACUUACCCCUGCACUAGGAUGUACUCGGUUCAUCGACCUAUAAAGAGAUGCAUCCAUUCGCUCUGUCUCUACAGUCUUCCUAGAGUCUAUGUGAUCAACAAGGAAAUCUGUGUGAGGACUGUGUGCCUGCAAGACGAGAUCCUGAUGGCUGAAAUCUGUAGGGAGAAAUCAGGUUGGCCGAAACGCCAAAAGAGGACAACUAGGAGACGCUGUCAUCGUGGCAACCCAAAAACAUGGGCAAACAAAGCUUAAAGUGAGAUGGAAGGCAAGGCCAGCUUCCAGCAACAAAAACAACUAUAAAUCUGCAAACUGAAUCUCAAACUUUAAACUAGCAUGUUCGAAAACUAGUGGUUCGAAAUUACUGUUCUCGUUAUAAUUUGGUACUUUUUAUCAUUUAGGGGAGCACGGGGCACAAAGUAACUCAGGGUAAAAUGUAACAUGGAGUUUUAAGGUAUUUGCUUAGGGUUAACCAUGGCAUGCUUCCGAGGUUUUCACCACCGUGUCGGCAGAUGCCUUCCUACCAAUUAUUGUAAAAGUUCGGCGAAAUUUGGAUGAGAAACACAGGAGAAAUCAUUUUUGCAGCGUAAAAAUAUUUUUUAUUAUACUCUAUAUUUUUUAUUUUUAAAAAAAUCUGUGAAAGUAUGAACGAAAAAAUCUUAUAUUGUUGUAAUUACCGUUUUCUAGGCUAAAAAAUGGAACCAUUUUGAAAAGUGUAAAAACACACAGUGACUGCAAGCCAGUUUUCAGGAAAACACAAUAGGCCACACACUAUUGGACACAAAUAAACAAACAAAAUAAUGUUUGAAUUUUGAGUUUAAUGUUGAGAACUUUUUAAAUUAAAAAUGUUUUUUAAUAGAAAAUAUUUUUUAAUAGAAAAAAAUACAUUUUAUUGUUAAUAAUGCAAUUAAAUGCGUUGUAUAAUAAUGGAUAAUAAUGCAAAUAAAUCCAAGUGUGUUUAUCCAAUAGAUAUAUACAUAAAUAAACAUUCUGUGCUAUGUAGAAUAAAAAGAAAUUAGCUACUGAGGAAAUACACAAUUUAAAGUAAACUGAAUUUAAAUUAACUGUGUGAAAUCUAACUAACCCUGUCUGUUACAAAUUGCCCCACAGGUGGGGUAAAUAGUAACAUUUUUACUCCUGGCACUUUUGGCAAUACUACACAGAAACCAUUGGUCCGGCGGGCAUACUUUCAGUGGUCAUUUGUAGGAGAGGCUUGUGUGUUGCUGGAAAAAAAAAUCUGAUUUGUCUAACCCCAUUACUUUGUUCAUUAUUUAGCCAAAACCAAAAAGUGUUACUUUGUGCCCCGCUCUCCACUAAAGCUUCGACUUGGAACUGAAAUUAGCUCGCCAGAAUUUGUCUGUUUUUACAUAUUAUUUCACAAAAUCACAAAGGGCAUGAAAAUGUACAGCUCUGGUCCUGAAUGUUUAAUUAUAACCACUAUGUGCUUUAUAUUCCUCUAUUAUACUGAAUAUGUCCACACCAACCACUGUAAUUAAAAGUGCACAAAAGCAAAUAAAAAUGUCUAUAUUUUCACUCUGAAA